CCAUGGGGUGCUCUCUAUAAAUUUGCAUUUACUCUUGGAUUGGAAGUAUGCACCGUGCCACACAUACCCAAAUCCUCUCCUUCCAACAUCAAACCAAAUAGUCUGAACAUUCUGAAAUGGGGUGGUUUGUAUUGCCAUCUUUUGUGCUUUAUUGUUUGACACUCUUGUUACUCAUCAUUCAUACUCCGUCUUACACAUCCUCAUCGUCAGUGUUGCCAUUGUGUAACCAUGAUGACAGCUCAAACUUGUUCCAAUUCAAGAACUCAUUUGCCGUCAACACUUCAUUCUACAAAGACUUGUGGUGGCGGAGGCAGGUGGAGCUUUAUUGUUCAUCUUAUCCCAAGACAGCAUCCUGGAAGAACAAUACUGAUUGUUGCGAGUGGGAUGGUGUCACGUGCGACACCACGUCAGGGCACGUGAUUGGCCUCGACCUCAGUUGCAGCAUGCUUAAAGGUGAACUCAAUUCCAACAGCACACUCUUCCAUCUCACUCAUCUUCAACAACUCAACCUCGCUUACAAUGAUCUCUCUGCCUCUCCACUCUCCUCUAGAAUCGGUGACCUUGCGGCUCUCACUCAUCUCAAUCUCUCAAACUCAGCAUUGGGUGGUGAUAUUCCCUUCACAAUUUCUCACUUGUCUAAAUUAUUCUCACUUGAUCUCUCCCGUACAGAUAUGCUAGAUGAGUUAGGAUAUAGCAAAUUGAGAUUUGAUCCAUCCACAUGGAACAAACUCAUUCUAAACACCACUAACUUGAAAGAGCUAAUUCUAGAUGAGGUAAACAUGUCUUCCAUCAGAGAAAGUUCACUGUCUUUGUUGAUGAAUUUGUCAUCUUCUUUGGUUUCAUUGAGUCUUCGAGACACUAAGUUGCAGGGGAAUUUUCCAAUCGGCAUACUUGGUUUACCUAAUCUUCAAGAACUAACUUUGUCAUAUAAUCAAGACCUCAAAGUUGAACUUCCAAAGUCUAACUGGAGCACUCCUCUAAGGAUCUUGUAUCUCACUGACACAGUAUUCUCAGGAGAAAUACCUGAUUCCAUAGGCCAUUUGAAGUCUCUUAACCAACUAUCUCUGGGGAGUUGCCAAUUUGAUGGAUUGGUACCUCUUUCUUUGUGGAACCUCACUCAACUAACUGAGUUAGGCCUUGCAGAAAACACACUUCAUGGUGAAAUCCCAUCUUUGCUUUCAAACCUCAAACAUCUCACCUUCUUAGAUCUUAGUGCUAAUAAUUUCAAUGGUCAUAUCCCAGAUGUGUUCCACAACCUCACCAAAUUAGAAUCUUUGUCACUUGAUUCUAACAGACUAGGAGGUCAGCUGCCGCCAUCAUUGUUUUAUCUAACCCAACUUUCUGAUUUAAGUUUAUCAGCUAAUCAUUUAGAAGGCCCAAUUCCAAGCAAUAUCACUGAACUCUCAAUAUUAAAAUUUCUUUAUUUGGACCAUAAUUUAUUAAAUGGGACAAUCCCAGAUUGGUGUUUUUCUUUGUCUUCAUUGACAUAUAUGGAUCUUAGUAACAACAAGUUCGUAGGACCAAUUGGUAAGUUCUCGACUUAUUCUAUUUUAACGUUGUCUCUCUCUAAUAACAAACUCCAAGGUAGUUUUCCAAAUUCACUAUUUGAACUUCAAAAUCUAACAGAUUUAUAUUUAUCAUCAACUGAGUUGAGCGGUCAUGUAGACUUUCACCAAUUUUCAAAGCUCAAAUCUUUAGAAACUCUUGAUAUAUCUUACAAUAAUCUCUCUAUUAAUUUUGAUAACAAUAAUGUUGACUAUUUCUCACCUAGCCUGGCCUAUAUACAUUUAUCUUCUUGUAAGAUAACAACAUUUCCUAGAUUCCUAACACCACUUCAAAAUCUACAAGAACUAGAUCUUUCUCAUAACAAAAUUGAGGGGAAGAUUCCCGAAUGGUUUAAUCGUAAUCUCUUAAACACAUGGAAGAGCAUUUACUAUAUAGAUCUCAGUUUCAACCAGCUGCAAGGAGAACUUCCAGUUCCACCAAAUAGCCUUCAAAUAUUUUCAGUCUCAAACAACAACUUCACUGGUAAUGUUUCUUCAGCAUUUUGCAAUGCAAGCUCCCUCAGUGCACUCAUCUUGUCUCACAAUCAUUUGUCUGGCUUGAUUCCUCAAUGUCUGGGAGCAUUUCUUUCUCUCAGUAUUUUGGAUCUACAAGUGAACAACUUUCAUGGAAGCAUACCUACAAAUUUUUCUCAAGGCAACCAAUUUCAAACUAUAAAAUUAAACCACAACCAACUAGAGGGUUCAAUACCAAAGUCUUUAGCUAACUGCACAUCGUUGGAAGUUUUGGAUCUUUCAGAGAAUAACAUAGAGGAUGUGUUUCCCAGUUGGCUAGAAACGCUUCAGGAGUUAAAGGUACUCAGUUUACGAGCAAAUAAGUUUCAUGGUACCAUCACUAGUUUGAGUGCCGAACAUCCAUUUCCAAAGUUGAGAAUAUUUGAUGUUUCCAACAACAAAUUUAGUGGCCCUUUGCCAACCUCAUUCUUUCAGAAUUUUCAAGGAAUGAAGGAUUUGAAUGAUAGUACUCAUCAUCCUCCUGGUUUGUCAUACAUGACUGUCAGCUCGAGAACAACAUACAAUGAUUCAGUAGUGGUCAUUAUCAAAGGUCACUCCAUGGAGCUAGUUAGAAUAUUAACCACUUUCACAACUAUAGACUUGUCAAAUAACAUGUUUGAAGGAGGAAUCCCACAUGUCAUUGGAGAAUUAAGUUCUCUCAAAGGACUUAACCUUUCUCACAAUAAAAUCAGUGGUAUGAUUCCACAAACUCUGGGAAAUUUAACAAGUUUGGAAUGGUUAGACCUCUCGUGCAACCAAUUGAAAGGUGAGAUUCCUAUGGCUUUGACAAAUUUGAAUUUCCUAUCUGUCUUGAACCUUUCUAAAAAUCAAUUGGAGGGAAUGAUACCAAAAGGAGAACAAUUCAAUACAUUCCAAAAUGAUUCCUACAAAGAUAAUCCAAUGCUAUGUGGAUUCCCUUUGUCAAAGUCAUGCGGCAAUGACGAAGAACAACCACCUUCAGUGUUUCCUAAGGCAAAAGAAUCAUUAUUUGGGUGGAAGUAAGUUGCAGUGGGAUAUGGAUGCGGAGUGGUAUUUGGGAUGUUCCUUGGAAGGUUGUUUAUGAAGACUGCUAAACCCCUGUGGCUUGCCAGACUUCUUUGUGGUUAUACUUAACAAAACAAGCGCAGGAGAGGCCAUGCAGAUAAGAGACUGUGUUAGCUUCAUGUGUUUUCCUUUUAUUUUUUUUAAUUAUUUUUCUGUAAUGAUGUGAGUUACUCUGUUUUUUUGAAUAAAAUAUACUAUUUCUAUUAA